AUGCCGUUUGUUGGCAUCCAGGAACUGACAACAUGCAACCGCGCACUCGAGAACGUUUCUAUUCUUCAGGAAGGUACCCGAGAGAUCUGUGAGGUGGUGAACAGCUGGGGAGGGAUGCUUCGCAGCGGCCAGCUCGAUACUAAUACCCAAAAGUUAAGGAGGCAAGACAGAACGAGCAAUGUCGUUUCGUGUUCUAUUGAGUGGCCAGUGCCUCAAUCGCAUCCCAAGCUGGCCAAUUGUUGGCCUCGUAGCUGGAUGUUCCCGGGCGGCAUAUGUUGGUCGCAAGUAUUAACGGAUUGCUUCUGUGACAAACAUGAUACUCUGCGGCGACACCACCUCGCCCAUUGCAUCAGGAUGGCCUGUACCUCACCACCAUGGGAGGCAAGAGCCAGGAAAUUGGCUGACCAGAUAGGCACGAGGUUCAAUUUGAAACCAGCUGGCUCAGUGGCUACACCAAAUCUUCCGCUGUUUUCCGGGCUUCCCUCUUCCCCCAUCGUCUUCUUCAUAUCCUUCACCGAUUCACCAGCAGAUGCAUACUGCGGUCUUUGCUUUCGACGAAUUAGCCGGACCGCAAAACCCCAGUCAGCAAGGGUAGCGCCCUCUCCUUUCGCACCACGCCAUUGCACGCUGCAGCCAAGACAAGCCGGUGUCACUCCGUCAAGAGGAAACCAUGGCUGCCACGACAACAUGGGCAGCGACUGCGACGGUCUCUCAGUAUCUAUUUGGAAAUACCAAGAAGCCUGGCGCACCUGGAGCAAUGCUGCCGCAAUCUUGACUCAUCCUGCUCACUUCCAGAAUUCUGCAGGUGUCAGGAUGUCCAAGCUUCCCAGUAGAACAUGCGAAGACACCAUCUUCCAUUCCACUACGGACAUGGCCAUCAAGGUCAACAAUCCGGCCUACCAGCUCGACGGCUACUUUCAGAGUUCACCGCCCAUCCAAGCAUGUUCGGGCGCAGCGUCACAGAAGCCAGCAAGGACACGAAACGAACGCAAAGACAUCCUCCACCAGCACAAGUUUCAUCCGAUAGCCCUAUGGGUGACAUGCCGAGGGAGGGAAAUAUCCAUCCUUUCGCCUUCACAGCGCGUUCCAGGUCCCGACCAGCGUGAGGAGCCAGUUCACGAAGAGACUCCUCCUUGUUACCCUAUUCUUUUCGUCACCUUACCUUACAGCGGGCUCCUGCCAAUAGUGAUCGUGCUGCUUUCGCUUUCAUUCUGGCAUCCAUUCAUUACAGAUAGCAUCCCUAGCAGCCUUAGACCCCAGGAAAGAGCUGAUAAGGCGAAGCAGAACCUGUUAAACUCCUGGAAUACGUGA